AUGGUGUUGUUCACUACCGUCCACUUCCGAUGCCGCGCCGUGCUCGAGUUCGGGCAGCGGCUGGCCGUCGUCGGAGACCACAGCGCUCUCGGCGCCUGGGAGCCGGCUGAGUGCCACGAGCUUCGUCAGAGCGCCACUGUGGACGACGUAUGGAUUUCCCACUCUCCGGCGCACUUGCCGUUGAACGAGCGAAGGGAAUACCGCUACGCCGUGCUUGAUGAUUUGGGCGAAUUCGUGCGAUGGCACGAUGAAACUGUGAGGGUCCUGGAGCCUACAGGCAACGAGAUGCUGGUUGAGGAUGACGACGGUUACUAUCGCGACGAGUGCUCUAAAAUGUCCAAUUCGGGUGACGAGUACGGCGGUCCGCAGGCGGCUGAGAACAAUAUCGACAGCAAGAGUUCGCUGCAGAUGAUCCAGGCGUUGCGCGGUCUCGACGUGGACCCGAACCUCACAGUGUACUUCGUUACAUCUCGCCUUCCCAUUCAGAUUAAGCGUGGCACGGAUGGUUCGUUUUCCAUUCGGCAGUCGAACACUCCUUUGACCACCACACUGUGGAAGACUCGCAACCGUUGCCGCAAUAAGAUGCGGUUUAUAGGUGCCUGCUUGAUAACUCCUGAGACUGAUGGCGAUGAUGUGGACGGCGCGGAAUCCCCUCCUGCGUCCAAGUCUGGGGACACCAAAAAGGAGGACUCCGGGGACAGUUUCACCGACGCUGAAAAGGAGGAGAUACGCAUCCUGCUGCUUGAGCACGACUGCAUCCCGGUGUUCGUACCAUCUGCAGAGUUGAAUGCCUCGUUGCGCUUUUGUAAGGAGCACCUGUGGAACCUGUUUUACAACAUCGGCCUGUGGGAUGUGAACGAGCAACGCGAGUUCAGGUGGGACCUCUGGACUUCCUACGUCAGCGUGAACCGCCAGUACGCCUCCGUCGCCGCCAUCAACGCUUCAGAAAGUGACUUCUUCUGGGUCCACGAUUACAAGCUGUUGAUGGUUCCCCAUUUCAUCACGCGCCGAAUAAAGCGUGCCAAUAUUGGUAUUUUCAUGCACGCGAUGUUUCCCCCUUGUAGCUUAUUUAUAUGCCUGGCUGUGCGUGAGAUAAUUUUGCGCAGCAUGUUGUGCGCCGACCUGAUCGGAUUCCAGUUUUACGAUUACGCCCGUCACUUCCUGACGUGCUGCAAGCGUUUGCUCGGGUUGGACCACACUUCCAAGCCGGGUGGUAUGCUCGACAUUGAGUACAAUGGUCGAGAGGUGAUGAUCCUGCUGUCGCACAGCCACAUCCAGCCCGACCUGCUAGCUACCAUGCUGGAGGAGAACAAUGGCGUCCCAGCGCUGGUUGAGUCGUUCCGUAAACAGUGGCCCGACCGUUUCGUGUUUGGUUCGUUGGACCGUGAUAUCCGUCUUUCCGGUUUGUUUCUGAAGCUGAAGGCGUUCCGUAAGUUCCUGGAACAGACCAGUUCUGCUCGCAACAAGGUGCUGCUGGUGCAGUACGUGUCCGCCAAGGACACGCUCUGGGAGUGUCGGCGUGACGUGGCGGAGCGAUUGCAGUCGAUUGUGGACAGCAUAAACGAAGAUUAUGGCGGUGUGCACGUCGUGCUGGAAUUUAACGUGAGUAUAGAGCGCAAAUACGCCCUGUUUGUUUCUGCUGACUGCUUCCUGGACACGUCGAUUCGUGGCGGUAUUAACAUGCGUGCGUUGGAAUACAUCUACUGCCGUAAGGGCAAACCAGCGUGCGCUAUAUUGAGUGAGUUUGUGGGCUUCAGCAAGAUGCUUCUGUCUGCGAUCCGUGUUAACCCGUGGCACAUCGAGAGCGUGGUAGAGGCUAUGCGAACAGCUAUGUCGUCCAAGUCCGAGGAGAGGGUCGAAGUGUGCCGUCGCGACUUCGAGUACAUCGUGAGCAGCGACACAGUGAGCUGGGCCGACCACUUCGUGCGUGAGUUGUUCUUCGCACGCAAGCGCCAGGACAUGCUUCACCUCACCUGGGGCUUUGGCAAGACCCUCAAGACUUAUUCGCUGGCCAACUCGUUCCAGCGUCUGAACACGGAUUUCGUGCUUAACUGCUACCAUGCUGCGCGUCGUCGUCUGAUAUUCUUGGAUUGCGAAGGCACACUGUCGCCCAGUCUGUGGGACACCCCUCCGCGCUCUCCUCAAGACUGUGAGCAAAGCAUCCGUAUGCGGAUCGCCCCCCUCGAGUGCAACGUGAAGAGCAUCGAGACGCUUGCUGACGAUCCCCUGAACGUAGUGGUCGUUAUAAGCGGCCGAAGUCGCGAAUGUAUGGAGAAGUUGUGGUUCCCCGAUCAGCCGAAGCUGGGUCUGUGUUCGGGCUACGGGCUGUACUACAAGGUGCCUACCAUCACGGGUAACGAGUGGUGCUGCAUGCUGGAUACGGUCGACGAGGGUUGGAAGGAGCCCGUGAUUCAGAUAAUGGAGCAGUACGCGCACCGUACUCCCGGCAGCUACAUCGAGGUAAUGGACUCGGUGGUGGUGUUCCAGUACCACAACUCCGACCCCGAGUUCGGCGCCACGCAGUCUGGUGAGCUCUACACUGUGCUGAAGGGCACCAUGGCCACGUAUCCCGUGGAGGUCCAACUGUGCAAGUGGAACGUGAUGGUUCGUCUCAAGGGCGUCUGCAAAGGCACUGCGCUGCUCAACGUUGCCAAGCGUUAUUCCGCUUUGCAUGGCGAGCUGGACUUCGUGCUGUGCAUCGGUGACCACAGGUCUGACGAGGACACCUUCAAGGCACUUGACACCAUGACCCUCUGGUCCAAGAAGGGCGACGGUGCCACGUCGUCCGAAGAUCGUUCGCGCAGCUACAUUUCGGUUACCGUGGGCAUGAAGCCGAGCAAGGCGAAGUAUUACCUUAACGAUCACACUGAGGUUUCUGAGCUGCUGGGCGCGCUUACGAAGCAUUGA